UCAACCACACUCAUACAGUCCCACUAGGGUUUUUAAGACUUGUACUACGCAACAUACACUUAUGUCUGCCGCUCCGGCUAGGGUUUACAGACCCCCCCAAUUUCUGUCUCUCUUUCUCUCUCUCUAAGUUUAUUGUUGUUGUAAGAUCUAAUUAUGGAAUUAAGCAAUAACUAGGGUUUCCUGGUUGCUUCUGAAACUCCAAAAGCUUCGAGCUUUUACAUCGCUGUGUAUCUGUAAAACCAUAUAUCGAACUAUAUAACAAUGGCGACCACAAACCCCUUUGAUCUUCUCGGUGACGAUGACAACGACGACCCCAAUCAGCUCCUCCAGAAGCUCCCUCCCCCGCCGAAGAAAGCCCCAGCUCCGGCUCAGUCCGCCGCCGCUACUCAGCCGGCUAAGCUGCCCUCCAAGCCUCUCCCUCCAGCUCAGGCCGUGAGGGAGGCAAAGAAUGACAACCCUCGUGGAGGGGGCCGAGGUGGUGGUCGUGGAUUUGGGCGUGGAGGACGUGGUGGAGGUGGGUUUAAUCGAGAUCUGGCCAAUAAUGAAAGUACCUUCAGCAGUAACAAUGGUUUCUCUGGAGGGUACAAGCCCGCAGAAGAUGGAGAUGCAGGGAAGCCCUUUGAAAGACGUGGAUACAAUGGACCGCCUCGUGAGGCUCGUGGUGGUUUCCGUGGUGGUCGUCGUGGUGGUUUCAACAAUGGAGAAGAAGUAGAAGGUGAACGUACUCGGAGAGUAUUUGAGCGCCGUAGUGGCACCGGACGUGGGAAUGAAUUCAAACGUGAUGGUGGUGGUAGCAGGAAUUGGGGAACUCCCACUGAUGAAAUUGCUCCGGAGAGUGAAGAACCUUCCAAAGAAAAUGAGAAGAAUGUGGAUGCUGAAAAGCAAUUGGGACAGGAAGAUACUGCAGAUGCCAACAAGGAGAAUCCUGUGAAUGAUCCCAAAGAGAAGGAGAAGGAGAAGGAGCCUGAGCCUGAGGAUAAAGAGAUGACUCUGGAAGAGUAUGAGAAGGUGCUCGAGGAGAAGAGGAAAGCAUUGCUAGGACUGAAGUCUGAGGAAAGGAAGGUCAUUGUUGACAAAGAAUUUCAAUCAAUGCAACUGCUUUCAAACAAGAAGAGUGAUGACGAGAUCUUUUUGAAAUUGGGUUCUGACAAGGAUAAACGCAAAGAUGCUGCUGAAAAAGAAGAGAAAGCUAAAAAGUCUGUCAGCAUAAAUGAGUUUCUGAAGCCUGCUGAGAGGGAAAGAAAUCACGGCUCGGGAGGUCGUGGUCGAGGUCGUGAUCGUGGACCCAGAGGAGGAUUCAGUGGAAGUGAACGCCACAUGUCAUACCAUGUUUCCGCCCCAUCCAUCGACGAUAUUGGGCAAUUCCCAUCCUUGGGUGCCAAGUGAGGAGAUUCGCCUCCUCCCCUGCCUUUCUCAAUCGCUUUGGAUUUUUUACCUUUUUCAGAUCUUACAGAGGCAGGGAUAUCCAUUGGAAUAAUGUGUUCUGUAUUAAAAAUUAUCUUUAAUUAAACUUUCUUACAUCCAAAGAGUGUAUAUUUAAGAUCUCUCUUUGUUGGGUUUAUGCCUGUGGUGGUACACCCUUUCUUUAUUUUAUAUUUAGGGUUUUUAGGAUCUUACUUUUAUCUCUGGGAUUAUGUUAUUGAAUCAGUUUUGAUUUCGGAGUCAAUUGAGAAACAAUUUUGGUUCUGCAUUUU